AUGUAUGUAAGCUCCGAUAGAGAAAUCCAGGUCAUUUACAGACGAGGAGAAGUAGAAGGUGAAAGACGAUUUAGCAUGACAUAUUCAUCACAUUCAGUUAUGUCUAAAGAAAAGCUCAUUCAAAUUGCGGGGAUAGUUGGAGCUGUAUUAGCCGGCAUAGGGCUGAUAUAUUUUGUUCUGAGAGUCACCAAGUGCUUCAGAUGCUUGAGAAAAAAGACCAGCACAGACGACCAUGAGGAUACUGAAAGAGAGAGGGAUAGACUCAUGCGGAAUAGGCCGCCAACUGGAGAGAGUGCAGAAAACAGCGGUCUACCCCAGACUCAGUCGUCUGGUAACAGUUCUAGUUCACCCCAAAACAAUCAGAAUGGUGUGACAACACCUGAUACUAAUAUCGUUAUAGAUGAUCACGCACACGACAGUGACAUUGAUUCAUUACAUGAUAUGAAUGAAUUACCACCUUCAUAUGAAUCUUUAUAUCUAAAUGAACAAGGAGAGCCAGUGACGCCACCUAAAUAUUCGCCGCCAGAACACAUAAGUACUCACCCACCAAGAAGAGUGAAUACAGUUAACUGA